UACACACUUUGCCUCCCUGCACCUUUUGGGAGUUUGACCGUUGACUGCGCAUGGGGGAGAGAGCGUGUGCGUGUGUGAGCGGUAUGUUGGGGGAGCCUGUUGUUUGGCAGAUGAUGUUUUUUGUCACGAUGCGUAUAACCUUGGUCGCUUUGAGAAAGCACAAAGAAGUUUGUCCUCGAAAUGGGUUUUGCUGGAAUGCCCUAAUCGCCAUGUUUGUUGUGCCUGGUGAUGCGUGCCGCCCCCAUGCCUCUAUCCAGUCGUGCGGGGGGUGGGGGCGGCGAGGUGUGCUUGAGGCGCGAUGCCGGAGCGGAGUCGCGCGUUGUAAUUUGUGUGAUUGGAUAUGUGGGAUGCUGGCGGCCGUUUGUAGGGUGGCACACGUUUCAUGCGCGUGACGCUGACGACACAAACACGCAUGCAAAACCAGCACGCAGCUGCCGAGGCUCGAGUGGCAGUUUGUAGAGCUGGGUGUGAAUGUGCUUGUCUGUGUAUUGCGCAGUAUUGUUCUUUUGGCGCUUUGAAUGCACGGUGUGUGCGUUUGUGCGUGUGUGGGUUUCGUGUGUGCGUGCGCGUGCCGUGGGUAGUCGGUCGCAUCCGAGCCAAUGCUGCUGCCAUGCCGCCCGCCCGCCCGCGGCUUGCGCGUGUGUGUGGCUGUUGCGGGUUCGUGCAUGCCUGUUCGUGUACUUUGGUUUGUUGGGUUUGGCAAAACCACAAAAUCAUGCACACAAUACAUCAUUUUGUUGCGAGGAGAGAGAGGAAAAGGGUGCAAAGAGGAGGCGGCAGUGGAAGGAAAAACGAGAAGCAAAAUGAAGAGGAUUUUGCCCCGUGGGCGCGCGGAGGGCAGGAGCGAGGGAUGCUGCGAGGGGGCUGCUGUGGGCCAAGACACGCACACAUGCAUCUGCCGAGGGACGAGGGGCAGUCGGCGGCUCGCAGCGGCGGCCGCUCGCCAUUUUCCAGUGGCGCAUGCAAGAGGGAGGAGGAGGAGCUUGGCACGGAGCGGGCGAGGGUGGCAAGAGGCGGUGGGUGAGGCCCAAAUGGGGCGCGGGUUUAUUGAUGCCGGCUGGCCCUUGGAGGUGGGGCGCCGCAAGUGGAGCGGUGAGAGCGGGUGGGCUGUGAUGCACACAGCCUACGCGCUUGGAGAAAAUGACGAAACUGUCUAGUUGUUUUGGUGCUCCCUAGAGGGAUGUACUUGAGAAUUGGAGGUGGCCAUGUGCAGUCGAUACUGCGGUUCCCGCACAGCGAUAUGCUGUGCUGUGCUCGCGAACAAGAGAGCGAGGGACGCCGCAGUGGUUGCGGGGGUCGAGGCAGCGGCCAACUGCCGAAGUAAUGGAAUGGGAGAGGAGGAGCCGGCCGGUGUGCGGGUGCGCGAGAGAGAGAGCCGCGGUGAAGUACACGCGUAAAAUUGUUUGGGCACGAAGGCGAGCGCGCUACGCACAAGGCUAUUUUGUGUGUUUUUUGUUUCGUGGGCGCUCAAUUGUUUUGGGUUGAAGAUGAUCCAAAUGAGCGAGACCCCUGGGGCCGCGGAGGCGAGGGCUGCAGCUCAGUGAUGCGGCUCGCGGAGGAGAGAGCGGCAAUGUUGCAUGUGUGUGUGUGUGUGUGUCUGUGUCUGUGUCUGUGUGGGGGUCAUUUUGUUGAAACUGAGGCGAACGUGAUGGACGUCCCCCGCAUCAAAUGUGUGUGGCUAGGCGCGUGUGGUGUGUGUCAGUGACACACUGUACAUGUGUGUGUGUGUGUGUGUGCGCGUGCGCACGAGGGUACAAUGAAGGUUGCUGUGCUAGGCGACGUAUUGCAUUUCAUUUUGGUAUGCCCCCACUUGUUGCCGGGCGUCGGCGGCAGCUCUCGAGGCUCGCCGAGGCGUCACGGAGAGACAGAGGGGAGCUGUGGCGUGAGGGGUGUCCAGGGUUUGGCGUGGUGGGGUGGUCGCUCUGAGGUGAGGCGCAUGGGGCAAGGAGCGAGGUUUCACAGCCCGACGGUUUGACACACGUCGAGGCGGUAUGGCACGCUGUUUGUAAAUUUCGUUUUUGGGCGUGCUCUGAUGGUGGGAUUGUGCUGAUGGUUCUACAUAUGGGUCGGUUGACUUGUGAGCGCUAGAAUGUCGCCUGCAUCGCUUCCCCCGAGCAUGUGAGUGUGAGGCAUGAGGAAGCCAUAAAACUGAAAAUUCUUGAUGGCACGUGUUGAAAGGGAGACGUGGUGGAUCCGACACGCCACGUGGCCGUUUGGUUGUCUGGCUCUGUUGACCUUGGCCAGGAGUUGUGUCUGUGUGAAUGAGAGAGAGACAAAGGCCCCGCUUGGUGGCUUGCUGCAUACGGCGCAUGCUUUCGUGCGUGGUUGCAUUCGCGUGUGUGGGUCAAGGGGUUUGUGGGUGCGUAUGAUGUGUGCGUGUAUUGCAACCCGUGGCGGGUGCGUGUGUGAUGUGUGCCGUUUGCAAAAUGCCAAACGUAGCAUGUACGACAAAGUGCUUUAUCACACUCAUCGGCAAUGUAGCCCUCACAAACACGUCAUAAGCUAUUUGAUUUUCAGGGGCCGGCGGGUGCCGUGUCAGUUCCCCCCGAUAAAAGGUCGCAUAAAGAAAGAGACAUAUUUGGAGCCCUCGCAUGAGGGGCUCGAGCCCGUUUGCUGGGCUGUGCGUUGCGUAGGAUGUGGAGGUUUGAUUGGGUCUCGCACGAUGCUCGAAACAUCUCUUUGUCGAGAGGAGUGAUGCAGGGGCAAGGUCCGUCAUGGAACCGCCCUGCACACAGCCCCCGGCGCCGGCGGGUUGCGGUCGCGCGCUCUGGGGAGAUCAAUCGUGGCCGGGAGACCCAAGAAUUCUUUCUUGUCUUUUGGUUUGAAGUUUGUAAUGGUUUUGGUUUGCAGACAAUGACAUGUGUGUUCAUAAACUUGCUUGAUACACAGGGCCUGCGCGCGCGUGUAGACUGGGCGGUAUAAGGAUGCGCGUUGGCGGGACCGGAAGGCUUUGGCUUCUCACUUCUGAUUCCUUGUUGCACUCUUGCGGCGGGCCCACAAUGCCACCCGUGCGGUCGGGGGCUGCGGCCGGCGCGCGUGGGCAGGCUCCCAGGUUCCCGCCUUUGCCCGGUGGCGACUGCUGAGAGUGCGUGUAACAAUAAAUCACU